AUGACGGGUAGAGACAGAAUCAGUGAGUUGCCAGGCAAUGUUGUGGAGCACAUCCUGACGUUUUUGCCCCUACGAGAAGCAGCGAAGACAAGUGUUCUGUCAAGUGAAUGGCUGAACAUUUGGAUGAACAUGCCCUCCCUUGUUUUCGAUGACAAAUUUGGUAUGGUAGUGAACCCAGUUGCAGGGGAACUAGCAUCUGCUGCCAACAGAAAACUGAUGCUGAACGUUUUCUACGUCCUCAUGCGCCACCGUGCUUGCCUGACAAACUUCUCCCUCUCGAUCCCGGACCUAAGAAGCGCGUUUCCCGACCAUCGGAUCGGCCAGAUCAUCGGCUCUCUGACCGACCGACGCAUCGAGUCCCUGUCCAUUGACAUCAAAGACUAUGUGCUGCCGAGGUGCAUUUUCUCCUUCGCCGGGCUCAAGAACUUGAAACUGUGUGGCUGCCAGUUCAGAUCCUCCAACGUGGCGUUCGACAGCGCUGAGCUCGAUGUUCUCGAGCUUCGAGGUUUGGCAGUACCCAAAAUUGGCGGUGGUGAAGAAGCUCGUUUCAGCUUUAACUGCCCGUCGCUUUCUGCAUUGACCAUGGUAGGCUGCGGCGAUUUUAACGACAAGAUCAGCAUCGUCAUCGAGGCUCCUAAACUCGAAUAUUUUCAUGUCGCGGGGAGCUUCAGCUUGCUGGAGUUCAAGCAUACUCCACUCCUCAAAACUGUGCAUGUUCAUCAAGAUAUCAGCUUCGUUGAGGACAAAGGAUACUUUAACUUGUCGAGAUUUAAAGACGGCCUUCCAGCAGUGGAGCAGCUUUCUCUGUCUGGUUAUUUCUACAACUACUUGUUGACCGGAUUUGAACAUGGAGAUUUGUUACGUACUGGCGGCCUCUGGAGUAGCAUUAAGCAGCUAAGACUGAAUGAACUGCCACACACCACACUGUGUUAUGCCUAUGUGUGGUGUGCCAUUAGCUUCCUCAACAUUUCUUCAAACUUGGAUGAACUAAUCAUCAACAUUGGGAAGCAACACAUAUAUGAUGCCGUAGACGAGUGGGCUCUAGAGCUUAUAAAUGACAAGAAAAGUAGCUGGCCGAAACUCAACCGCGUGAAGAUGGAGCAAUUUGAGGCUACAAAGUUGGAUAUGGCUUUCGUACGAUCCUUGUUGGCCGCAUCACCAGCACUUGACAAGAUGGAAAUCGAGUUUUCAGUCCGCAGUGGACUUCAAGAUCGCUGGUUGAGUUGUAAAGAAAUGUUGGAGUUCGCACGGGCGUCGCCAACCGCCCAAAUCACAAUCAAUCAA